AUGAUUAAUCGAUAAACUCUGUUUUAAGAAUGCUAUCUUUUAUUUCCAAAAUGUACAUGUUAUUUUGUAAUAUUGUUUAGAACAAGAAGUAUGUUAUGUUGUUGACAAAAUAAAGGUUAGGAAAAUAUUUGAGGGUUAAGUUGAGUUUGAUUAGCAGGAGAUGGAAAUCUUAAAAUAAUUCGAAACAUACUUAAUAUCUAAACGCUUUAUGCCUAAGUUCUCACUCAAUUAAUUUUAGGUGGACUGAACCCUAAUUGCUGAGGAUGUUAUAUGCUACUAAAUUUAAGUUUGAUAAGACUUAUGCAGCCAUCCAGGCCUAUAUUUAAUGGAAGAAUCAAGCAUUUCCACUUAAAGAGAAUUAGGACACAUCCAAAUUCUUAGUAAAGGAUAUCUAUAUAUUCUAGUCAAGUGGUUCUAUAUACCUUCAUGGAAGAGACAAUAGAUUUAGACCGAUAAUCGUGGUUAAUGCUGUUAAAUUGGCAGCAUAAAAAAAUAUUGACAUAACCUUAGAUUCAAUGACAAUAUUUUUAGAACAUGUGCUAUCAAAUUACAUGUUACCUGGAUAGAUAGAGAAUUGGUAAUGGAUUAAUUCCUAUAAAACAUAGGGUUGUUGUAAUGGAUUUAGGUGGUUUGGGAAUUACAAGUUUGCCAAGACAAUAACUGUAAAGAGUAUUAGAUUAUCUAUAAAAUAACUAUCGUUCUAGAAUGCAUAAAUGUUAUGUAAUUAAUUGUCCUAGUACAAUAACAUUUUCCUGGAAUAUUGUAAAAGGCUUUUUAGAAGAGAUAACUGUAAGAAAAAUAUCAUUUGAAAAAUCUAAUAUUCCAACAGGUUUAUUUGAGCAUAGUCAUAAAUCAUAGGUUGAAUAAAAAUAUGGCGGUGUUUCCUUAAAUAUUGAUAGCCACUUUUGGUAUAUAAAAAGGUUUAUUUUUUAAAAGGCCUCCUAAGGAGAUUAGUUAAUAAUAUUUUUUACCAACCGAUAAUAUCUCAGAUAUACUAAUUUCAAAACAACAAUAUAAUAAGCUCUAUGAAGUCGGGAAGCUUUCAAAGAACCAUAUUUGUAAGGAACUUCUUGAAGAUCCAGGAUAAUCCAACUAGAACUCAAAUAUGUAUUAGGAUAUAGACAAAAAAAUGAAAGAAGAAGUACCUGAUCCAGAAGAGGAACAGCAAGUUAUUAACCAUCUCAUUCAAAGCAAUCAAGGGUUCUAUUAAACUGAGGUUGAAGAAAAGUAUGAUGUGGUAUUCUGGGAAGAAACAAUUCAAAAACCAUUAAGUUUUCAUGCUCACAAAAAAAUGUUAAAAUAUUGA